AUUUUUUAACUAUGGAAGAGAGCAGCCAGGCAUGACAAAGAAAUCCUUGCCACCUUCUUCCAAGGAGUAGUCAUGUUGGAGGGGUUGGUAGCCUGGGUCCUCAACAACUACCUGGGCAAAUAUGUCAGUAACCUGAACACAGACCAACUCUCUGUAGCUCUUCUGAAAGGUGCAGUAGAGUUGGAAAAUUUACCAUUAAAGAAAGAUGCCUUGAAGGAGUUAUUGCCAUUUGAGGUCAAAGCUGGCUUCAUUGGCAAGAUAACACUACAGAUACCAUUUUAUCGUCCCCAUAUUGAUCCAUGGGUGAUUUCUGUGUCAAAAUUGCACCUUAUUGGCUCACCAGAGAAGCAAGAGGAUUUUGAUGAAGAAAGGGAAAGACUGUUUGAAAGAGAAAACAAGAAAGCAUUUUUAUUAGCACUGGAAGAAAAAUGGAAAAAAGAACGGGAGCAGGUAGCGGAAUCUUACUGGUAUUCAGUGACUGCAUCUAUCGUUGCAAGGAUUGUAGAGAACAUUGAAUUAAAUAUUCAAGAUGUCCACCUGAGGUUCGAGGAUGGCAUCACAAAUGCGUCACAACCGUUUGCCUUCGGAGUCUGUAUAAAAAAUGUAUCUGUGCAAAAUGCUGUAAAUGAACCAGUGGAGGAGCUAAUGAAGAAAAAGCAGCUCGAUAUUGCUGACUUCAGCAUCUAUUGGGAUACUGAUUGUGCUUUAUUGGGAGACCUGCCACCUGGGGAGCUGCAGGAAGCAAUGGAUAAAAGCAUGGAGUCCCGGGACCAUAACUAUAUCAUGGAGCCUUUACGUACCUCUGCUCUUCUCAAGAGAAACUGUUCCAAAGAGCCCUUAAGAUCGCGGAAUACUCCACGACUUGAGUUUGAUAUCCAGUUGGAGACAAUACCACUGAAACUUUCCCAGACACAAUACCAACAAAUAAUGGACUUCUUGAAAGAACUAGAUCGGAAGGAGCGACAGAUCAAAUUCAGAAGAUGGAAGCCAAAAGUUACAGUAUCUGGAAAUUGUCGAGAAUGGUGGCUUUUUGCUCUGAAUGCACACCUCGCAGAGAUCAGAGAGCAGAAGGAACGUUCUUCCUGGGAAUUUGCGUUGCAUCGGGCCCAAGAUGUUGUAUCUUAUACAGAUCUGUAUUACAAGAAACUGAGAGAAGUGCAACUUUCUGAUGAAGAACAGGAAGAGAUGGAGCGCAUUGAGGAUGAACAAACAUUUGAAGAGCUGAAAAUCUUAUGCGAGAUUGUUUACAACAGAUUCCGUGAGCUGGCUGAGAGCAUUAAGGAGCCCUUACCUGAAACUUUGGAGGAAAUGUCUGAAAUUGAACUGGAAGCCAGCAGCAGCAGCAGCAGCAGCGGGAUGCUUCAGUACCUCCAGUCCUGGUUUCCUGGGUGGGGGGGCUGGUAUGGCGAUUCACAGGAAGCGUUGGAGAACGACUCUUUUGAAGGACUGCUGUCGGAAACAUCAGAACAAUGGAGGCCGGAAGAUGUCGCCGGUGCUGAUGAACUUUUCGAUCCAGCGGCCGAUGUCUCCAACAUAAAUACCUUCACAAAGAGGGAUCACGUCUUUGCAAAGUUAAAUCUCCAGCUGCAAGGCGGCUCUGUCACCUUGCUGCACACAGAGAGGAAGGGUCUGCAGACCAGUGAAAGGGCUUUCAUGCAGCUGGAAUUUUCAGGAGUAACCAUCUUAGCAGAAACUCUCCCUCGCAGGAAUUCCUCCCUUUUCAAGGUUCAGCUCGGUAGCCUCUUCUUACGAGAUUUAGUGACAGAAGGAACCAUAUUUCCCUUCCUUGUCUUCCCUAAUCCACAAAAAGAAGUUGGCUGUGCGUCGUCCAUUGGUCUCCGGACGUUUUCUUCAGACACGAGUAACCAGAGCACUGCUGACCCUCUUGUUCCCGUGUUUGAGAUGGUCUAUGAGCGAAACCCAGUUCGCAGCAAUUUUGAACGACGCCUUGAAGUCAGUACUCAACCUCUGAAUAUUAUUUACAAUCCUCAAGCCAUUAAGAAAGUAGCCGAUUUCUUCUACAAAGGAAGGGUUCAUACCUCAGGUUUUGGAUGUCAGUCGGAGCUGGAGCUCAGAGUGGCAGAAGCUGCUAGAAGACAGUACAACAAGCUCAAAAUGCAGACAAAAGCUGAAAUCAGGCAAACCAUCGAUCGCUUGCUUGUUGGGGAUUUCAUUGAAGACAGUAAGCGCUGGACGGUGUGCCUUGAUAUUUCUGCCCCUCAGGUGAUCUUCCCGGAUGACUUUAAAUUUGCUGAUCCAGUUUUAGUCGUAAUCGAUUUGGGAAGAAUGUUACUUACUAAUUCUCAAGAAGAGGAUAAAAAGAAGAGUUCCGGUGGUCCAUCGUCAGAGCUGAGUGAGCUGAGUGAUGAUGAGUAUAAAACGCCUCUUGCAACUCCUCCUAGAAGCCCGCCUCCGGAAGCCAGCAUGACCAAUGAGGACAAAACAUUCGAGUUCACAGGGGUAGAAAUGAGUGAAGAGCAGUGGCAAGCGCAUUUGAUGAGUAAAAAAAUGUACGACACCUACAGCUUGUCAUUCAUGGAUCUCCAGAUCAUGGUUGGGCGAGUGAAAGACAAUUGGAAAUAUGCCCAAGACAUUAACGUUGGUCCAACUCAUGUGGUGGAAAAAUUCAAUGUUCAUUUACAGUUGGAGCGUAGGUUGAUAUAUACGUCUGAUCCCAAGUACCCUGGUGCAGUCUUGUCUGGGAACUUACCUGAUUUGAAAAUACAUAUCAAUGAAGAUAAAAUAAUGGCACUGAACAAUUGUUUUGGAAGACUAACCACAUCUGAUGCUGAAAUGUCAGGCGCUUCACAGAUGGGGAAAUGGUCAAGUUCUGCAGAUCUAGAUCAGCGUGGAAGUUUGCAUAGUUCUGUAGUGAAUUUAACCCAAAGUGUCAUGAUCGUGGAACAGCACACCAAAGAAGUCCUUGUAGAAUCACAGCUGCUUCUAGCGGAGUUCCAAGUUAACUGCAUGCAACUUGGAGUUGAAAGCAAUGGCCGAUAUAUCUCCGUCCUCAAGGUGUUUGGCACGAAUGCCCAUUUUGUGAAGAGGCCUUAUGAUGCGGAAGUUUCUCUCACUGUUCAUGGCUUGCUGUUGGUUGACACUAUGCAAACCUUUGGCUCUGAUUUUGACCUCUUGAUGGCUUCUCACAAGAAUCUCAGUUUCGAUGUUCCUACAGGAAGCUUACGAGACAGCAGGGCUCAGUCACCUAUUGGUGAGCCUGGUGCCGCCCAUCCAAUUGAUGGGGUGCGCUUGGCCAAGAAAUGUGCUGCAGCAUCAAGUGAACCGCCCGGCAGUUUCCCCCAAAAUGAUGAAUCCUUAAUAAAACUGGAAUACCAGUUUGUGAGUGCAGAAUGUCCGUCCAUGAACUUGGACAGCACUCUCCAAGUGAUAUCAGUGCAGAUGAACAACUUGGAUAUCAUUCUUAACCCAGAGACAAUAGUUGAGCUGAUUGGGUUCCUCCAGAAGUCCUUUCCAAAGGAAAACGGUGAUUCCAGCCCUCAACCAUUAAUGACUGAUUCUGAAAGAAGUUUCAGUGAGCAGGAAAUCUUCCAGUCCACUCAUGCCCAAAAUACAGAAGUAGCAGUGGAUAUCCAUUGGUUAAACAUACUUCUCCUUAGGACAGUUACAAUGAUAAAUGGAGAAAAACUUGGCCGAAAAAUUGCAACAGCAAGCAUCGGUGGCACCAAAGUGAAUGUCUCCAUGGGCAGCAGGCUUGAUAUAAACGGGUCUCUCGGUUGCUUGCACCUUAUGGACCUGACCCAGGACAACAUUAAAAACCAGUAUGUCGUAAGCAUUGGGAAUACAGUGAGGUAUGAAAAUCUCCUUUGCGAUGUGAGCUACUUCAAGCCUGCAUUUCUCCAGUUCGACGAAUCAAGUAGCCUUCCAGAUGCUCUAAGUUUCACUUUUACAAAGCAGUUGAAAGAGGAGUGUUCCCUUCAGCUCAGGAUGGCGUCGUUACAUUACAACCACUCGGCAAAGUUUUUGAAGGAGAUCACCUUGUCCCUGGACGAGCUAGAGGAGAACUUCCGUAGCAUGCUGAAGAGCGCUGCAACCAAAGUGACCAUCGUCUUGGCCACGAAGACGGCCAAAUACAGCGAAAUGGUGUCUCUGUUUGAUACGACGCCUCGGUCAAGAGACCCGUUUAAUUUGGAAAGCAAUGAAGGAGAGGAAUUCCCUCCAGUGCACUCAAAAACGGAGACCAUUAAGCUUAUCUUAAAUGUGAACAUUGAAUCCCCAGUUGUUUCCAUACCCCGUAAGCCAGGCAGCUCUGAGCUGCUGGUAGGGCAUCUAGGGCAAAUAUCAAUCCAGAAUUUUGUGGCAGGAGAAGACGGUUUGAGAAGUGACAGGCUUCAAGUUGAGAUCAGAGAUAUUAAAAUGUAUUCUCUAAACAGCAGCCAUUUAGCAGGCAAGAAAGAAGGUCCUCCUGAGAAGCCUCCUUCAGGUAUUGCCAGCAGCAGCAGCAGCAGCCAGGAAGAUUCUCAGUUCACCCGUCACGACUUCUUCGAAUCCUUACAUAAAGGCCACGCUUUCCACAUUUUAAAUAACGCUACCAUCCAGUUCAAUCUAGAGAAGAUUCCAGUAGAGAGUGAUGCAGAGUUGGCAUUUUCUAUGAAUGAUGAUAUCGAAAUUUCAAGCCUUAUGCGAAUUGUGGGGAAAUUUGUCAACCCUCUGCAGGUGGUGUUGGCAAAACACGUGUAUGAGCAAGUUCUGCAAACUCUUGACAACCUAGUUUGCAAUGAAGAUUUGACCAAACCGCCAUCCGGCUUCCCAUCUUCAACCUAUCCCAGCUCCAGUUCGCCUUCAGCAUCACUCCAUAGCACAAGCACAGACUUUUCCUUCGACAGGAAGGAAAAUGGACUCUUCAGUCAUUCCAGCUUUAAUACAUCUGCAAUCAAAUUUGCGCCUGUCAAGGAAGUGGCACAGUCUUUUACUCAGAUACAAGCCACCUUUCAUAUUUCUGAGCUCCAGGUUCAGUUAAGUGCUGAUCUUACGCUUGGAGCCCAAGGUCUGGUUAGCUUAAAAUUUCAGGAUUUUGACAUUGAGUUUGGCAAAGAUCACCCUCAUACCUUAUCCAUUCAGAUUGCCUUACGUUCUCUGCUGAUGGAGGACCUUUUGGAGAAGAAUCCAGACUCUGUGUAUAAGAACCUCAUGGUUUCACGUGGAGCACCCAAACCUUCCAGCUUAGCCCACAAAGAGUACCUUUCCCAGUCUUGCCCAUUGGUAUCUAACGUGGAAUAUCCAGACAUGCCCCGUUCCCUUCCUUCUCACAUGGAGGAAGCUCCAAAUGUCUUUCAGUUGUAUCAACGGCCUACUUGUGUCUCCCACAAAAAGCACAAAGAAGAUGCAGACUCAGACUAUCCGCUGACUCCGCCUCCUUCUCCCACCACAAACAAGUCAAAUGCGCUUUCCGGAAAGAGCGACUUUGACGAUUCCUUGGUUCACAUCAAUGUGUUGCUGGUGGACAAGAAGCAUCCGGGGUUUUCGUCUUGCUAUGGCAAAAUCAAUCGCAGCGUGGAUGUUGACUUCAACUGCUUAGAUGUGUUAAUAACUCUGCAAACCUGGGUGGUGAUAUUGGAUUUCUUUGGGAUUGGAUCCACGGCUGAGAACCACAGCAUGAAGUCACAGCCCGAAGACGUUCAGCACCCAGUUAAGACGGGAGCAAGUGUCUUUCCAGCCUCAGAAGUUCAGGAUGCUGUAAAUACCAAAGUGGAUCUGAAGGUCCACUCCCUGUCCUUAGUUCUAAAUAAGACGACUAAUGAACUGGCCAAAGCGAAUGUAUCCAAACUUGUCACUCACGUCGAAAUGAUUGAAGGAGAUUUGGCCCUUCACGGAAGCAUUGGUAGCUUAUCCCUAAGUGACCUCACCUCACAUGGAGAAUUUUACAGAGAACGCUUCACUACCAGUGGCGAAGAGGCACUCAUAUUUCAAGUUCACAAGUAUGGGAGACCUGAUCCUGUGCUGCAGAGAGAUUGUGAUAUGCGGGUCAGCCUGCGGAUGGCAUCAGUGCGGUAUGUCCACACUCAUCGCUUUCAGGCGGAAGUAGUGUCUUUCAUUCAGCAUUUCACUCAACUCCAGGAUGUCUUGGGGCGCCAGAGAGCAGCAAUCGAAGGACAGACGGUCAGAGAUCAAGCCCAGCGAGCUGCCCGAGUUCUGUUGGACAUCGAAGCUGGCGCCCCUGUCCUCCUUAUUCCUGAAAGCUCCAGAUCCAAUCAUCUUAUUGUAGCCAAUCUUGGGAAACUGAAAGUCAAGAAUAGGUUCCUAUUUGCAGGAACCUCUGGUACCUUCUCGUUAAAAGAUAAGCAGGAUUCUGUUCAGUUUUCUUCACCACUGGGAACCCCAAAACACGUCACGAAGAAAACGCCAAGUGGGGACGAGUCCAAGGUGGCACCAAAUUCCUCUGAUGGGUUAUACAUGAAAUUGUCAUCUUCUGGACCAAAUCUCAGCAGACUGAAAAAUGAGCCUGCAAUGAGUCCUGUGACUAAAACACCAAAGUCACCUGUUUUACAAGCCCCGGAGAGUCCUGAGGAACAGAACUGCCUCUUGGAUUGCAUUGUGGUUGAUCUGCAGGAUAUGGAUAUUUUUGCUGCCGAAAGGUACUCAAGAGAAUAUUCCAAGGCAGCAGAAGGCGUCAGUGCCGAUCUGACCUUCCCAUCCUUUGUGGUGAGGCAGACAGGAGGGAGCCUCUUGACUGAACCCUUCCGGCUGAAGCUGCAAGUCGAAAGAAACUUGGACAAGGAAAUAAGCCACGCAGUCCCUGAUAUAUCAGUUCAUGGCAUUUUGUCAUCCGUUCAUUGCUCUCUGGACCUGAGCAAAUAUAAACUGAUUCGGGGGCUCCUGGAGAAUAACCUGGGGGAACCGAUAGAAGAGUUCAUGCGGCCGUAUGACUUACAGGAUCCAAGAAUACAUACUGUGUUGAGUGGAGAAGUGUACACCUGCAUGUCUUUCCUAAUUGACAUGGUCAACGUAAGUCUGGAACUGACUAAUCCCCAAGGAAAGCAUGGCUCGCUAGCUAGGUUUGACUUCAAGAAGUCCAAAUUGCUCUUCGAGAGUUUUUCAAACCAAACCAAAUCCAUUAACUUGGUUUCACAUUCCAUGAUGGCGUUUGACACGCGAUACACUGGCCAGAAAGCAACAUCCGGAAUGCCAAAUGUAUUCAAUUGCAUCUUCCAGUCCUCAAAGAACAGUAGUUCCCAAGGGGCGAUACAGAUUGAGCUCCAUUACAGAUCUACCAAGGAUUCCUCCUUCUUCACAGUUGUUUUGAACAACCUGCGUGUGUUCCUCAUCUUUGACUGGCUAGUGCUUGUUCACGACUUUCUCCAAACACCCAGUGACCCUAAAAAACCGUCCGACCUCAACCCUUCCCGGCAGUGCAAUUACAGCAGUGAGACGGCUGUUGUUCCCAAAGCAGUGAAGUGUGGAAUAGUUACAAAACGUUCUUCUCUUCAGAUCUCCACCGAAAAGCAAUUGGAAGUGAAGAUCAAUGUGACGGAUACUGAAUUUGUGGUGGUAGAAGACAUGUCCUGUAUGGAUACCAGUGCAAUUAUUCUGAAGGGGACCACAGUUCUCACGUACAAACACAAACCAGUGGAUCAUCCUUUCUCGGCCAAUUUUUCCGGCAUUGAGGUUUUUUCAUGUCGGCUGGGAAAUGAGCAGGAAACAGCACUCUCCAUCAUUGAUCCUGCACUCAUUCAAGUUGAUCUGGUGGGAAAUCCUUCAUAUCCAAGUGGCUCAGGAUUGUUGGAUGCUUUCAACAGCGAAGAUUUCCCACCUAUUCUGGAGAUUCAGUUUCAAGUGCUGGAUAUCAGACUGUCUUAUAACGAUGUCCAGUUGUUCCUGGCUAUUGCGAAGUCCAUUCCAGGUCAGACCAGCAAUGCUGUUUCUGACUCCAGUGCCUCAGAUAUCGGGGUCUCGGUUUCUGUUGCUUCUUCCAAUUCAUCUUGGGUCAACGAAAUCUCAGAACUUGCAUCCGAAUCCAUGGAAACAUCUAAGCACACUUUGGAUCCUGUUCUUGAGUUGCAGCUUGCCCGACUGCAGGAACUAGGAUUUAGCAUAGAUGACUGUCGCAAAGCUCUGUUGGAUUGCAAAGGUCAGCUGAAGAAAGCAGCAAGUUGGUUGUUCAAGAAUGCUGAACCUUUGAAACCUUCACUGUUAGAGACAAGUAAUCGAGAUAGCCCAGGCUCGGUGAUUCUGCGUUUGAUCUCUGGAGUGGAAAUUAAAGCAGACAGCAUCUGCAUUUGUUUUAUCGAUGACUGCAUGGAUUGUGACGUUCCUUUAGCCGAGUUAACAUUUUCACGUUUGAAUUUUCUCCAGCAUCUGAGAGCCAAUUCUGAAGGCUAUGCUCAUUUUACACUCUCGGGAGAUUAUUAUAACCGUGAACUUUCAGGCUGGGAGCCAUUUAUCGAGCCCUGGCCAUGCUCCGUGUCCUGGCAACAGCAGCCAGCCAGCCGCCUCCACCCUUCUCGGUUGAAGCUGGAAGUGAAAGCAAAGCGUCGCCUAGAUAUUAACAUAACUUCUGUGUUAAUCGAGCAGUAUACCAAAACCAAACAGUCAUGGAUGGCAGAUUAUUGCAAGCAGGAGAAAGAAGUGGAGGAAGUUGAAUCUGAGGAAUGGAUGGGCUCUUCGGUUGAUCCUCCGUCCUUUGGACAAGGCCUUCCUCUUGUCUACCUUAGAACUAGGAGUACAGCCAGUCUGACUAACCUAGAGCACCAGAUGUAUGCUAGAGCUGAAAUGAAGACGUCGAAACGCAGGCACCCUUUUGUGCCGUUCGCUUUGCGGAACCACACGGGUUGCACCCUCUGGUUUGCCACGUUAACAACAACCCCAACCCGUGCUGCACUCUCUCACAGUGGAAGCCCUGGAGCCAUCCCAGAAGAAAACGGGACGUUUCUGGAUGGUGCACAUAAAGUCAGUGAGUGGCACGAAGUUCUCACUGGCGAAGAGGUUCCAUUUGCAUUUGAAGCCAAAGGAAAACUGAGACACAGGCAUACACACGAUCUACGGAUUCACCAGCUGCAAGUGAGAGUAAAUGGCUGGGAACCAGUUAGUCCAGUGUCCGUAGACAAAGUAGGAAUAUUUUUCCGGUAUGCGGCCCCUGACAAGAGCACGUCUUUCUCUACUGUUGGCAGCCCAAUUAAUAGAACAAAUAUCAUUCAUCCACAGGUGUAUUUUUCUUCGUUGCCUCCAGUCCGAGUGGUAUUUGCUGUUACCAUGGAAGGCAGUGCUCGGAAAGUGAUAACUGUGCGUUCAGCCUUGAUUGUAAAGAACAAACUGGAAAUUCCUAUGGAACUCCGGCUAGACAGCCCUUCAGCUCCUGACAAGCCUGUCGUGCUGCCUUCGGUGAUGCCAGGGGAUUGCUUUGCUAUUCCCCUGCAUCUCACAUCCUGGCGACUGCAGGCCAGGCCAAAGGGAAUGGGAGUUUUCUUCUGCAAAUCUCCAAUCCAUUGGACAAACGUUCAGAAGACUUCGGAGGUCAGUAGCAGCAAACGGGAGUGCCAUGCGAUGGAGUCUGAAAACAGCCGAUUCUUCAGGUUUUGUGUCGCUAUAAAGAAAGAGAAUUAUCCAGAUUACAUGCCCUCCAGCAUAUUUUCUGACAGUGCUAAGCAGAUUUUCAGGCAACCUGGGCACACCAUUUAUCUUUUGCCAACUGUGGUAAUCUGUAACUUGCUACCUUGUGAACUUGAGUUUUAUGUUAAAGGGAUGCCAAUUAACGGAACACUAAAACCUGGCAAAGAGGCACUGCUGCACACAGCCGACACCUCGCAGAACAUUGAGCUCGGGGUCUCCUUAGAAAACUUCACACACUGCAAGGAGCUACUGAUACCACCAGGAACACAAAACUAUAUGGUGCGGAUGCGGCUGUAUGAUGUUAACAAGCGCCUGUUUAAUCUCACUAUAAGGAUUGUGUGUCGAGCUGAAGGCUCCUUAAAGAUAUUUAUUUCAGCACCGUAUUGGCUCAUCAACAAAACAGGGUUGCCGCUCAUCUUCAGACAAGAUAACGCCAAGAUAGACGGGGCAGGCCAGUUUGAAGAACAUGAGCUUGCCAGGAGCCUAAGUCCCCUCCUCUUCUGUUAUGCUGACAAAGAACAGCCAAACCUUUGCACAAUGAGAGUUGGGAGAGGAAUCCAUCCUGAAGGUAUGCCGGGCUGGUGCCAGGGCUUCUCACUGGAUGGAGGAAGCGGCGUCCGGGCACUUAAAGUGAUCCAGCAAGCAAACAGACCAGGGCUUAUUUAUAAUAUUGGUAUUGAUGUCAAAAAGGGCAGAGGUCGCUACAUUGACACUUGUAUGGUAACAUUCGCGCCUCGCUACCUCUUAGAUAAUAAAUCCAUGCACAAGCUUGCCUUUGCACAGCGAGCAUUUGCUAGAGGACAGGGAACUACCAAUCCAGAUGGCUACAUCUCCACCCUGCCUGGUUCAAGUGUUGUGUUCCACUGGCCACGCAACGAUCUUGACCAACUCUUGUGCGUUCGGCUAAUGGAUGUUCCAAACUGCAUUUGGUCUGGAGGCUUUCAAGUCAACAAAAAUAAUUCCUUUCAUAUCAAUAUGAGGGACACUGUUGGAAAAUGCUACUUCUUGCGAGUCGAGAUCACUCUUAAGGGAGCUACAUACCGUGUUUCAUUUAGCGACACGGAUCAGUUACCGCCUACCUUCCGCAUCGACAACUUUUCUAAGGUCCCGGUUGUGUUUACUCAGCACGGUGUUGCAGAACCACGACUCAGCACGGAAGUCAAGGCAGCAGCCUCGUUAGAUUAUGCCUGGGACGAACCCACUCUCAAGCCCUUCAUAACGCUGACAGUGAAAGGGGCCGGCUCCUCUGAGGUCACUUGCUGCAUGGAUGACUUUCAAGAAAGCAAGCAGCUCUAUUAUGAAAACUUCAUUUAUAUUGCAGCAACAUAUACUUUCUCAGGUCUGCAGGAAGAAACUGGAAGACCCAUCGCUUCAAAUAAAGAGGUUGAUUGUGCUGAGCUAGUCCUGGAUGUUUGUUCGAAGACACAGAGAGUCGUUUUAAAGAAGAAGGAGCCAGGGAAGCGUUCUCAGUUGUGGAGAAUGACGGGCACAGGCAUGCUUUGCCACGAGGGCUCUGCUGUCCCUCACCAUCCGAAUAAGCCAUCCCCUCCUCGGAUCACAGAAUCCUCCAUGAUCCUGGACAUUGCAGGCCUGGCUGCAGUCACAGAUAACAGGUAUGAACCACUGAUGCUGAGAAAACCAGACAGACGGCGUAGUACCACACAGACCUGGAGCUUUCGAGAAGGGAAACUGGUCUGUGGCAUGCAUGGACUUGUCGUACAGGCAAAAGGAGGCAUAGCAGGGCUACAUGAUGGAGCAGAAGUUGUUCUUGGUCCAGAUACUUCCCUGGAAAUGUUGGGUCCCGUUCCACCAGAACAGCAGUUCAUCAAUCAGAAGAUGCGGCCCGGCUCAGGAAUCUUGGCAGUUAGGGUCAUUCCAGAUGGCCCAACCAGAGUUCUGCAGAUAACAGACUUCAACCAACGCAGAAAUGAUCGUUUCUCAUAUGAAGGGGAUGAGCUGGAACAAGAUCUGCGGAAGCUGAAGAAUCCUGACACUGAGCAAGAGCUGGAAGUCCAGUUGAAAUUAGAAGGUGGAAUAGGUUUGUCUGUAGUUAACAAAGCCCCGGAAGAGCUGAUAUUUGCAAGUUUUACUGGCAUUAAUGUCCAUUUCACACAGCUGUCAACGAAUCAAGUGCUUGAACUAAGUAUACAGGAUGUGCAGGUGGACAACCAACUGCUUCAUACUACUCAGCCUUUCAUGCUCUUUGUGACCCCCAAAAUGGAUGAAAAUGAAUUCGCGGAGACAGGUCCCGCUCUGCAAUUGAAUGCCAUGAAAUUCCCAAGUAAAAGCCCAUUAACUGAUAUAUACAAGCAUCUGAUGGUCACAGCUAGCAAGUUCACAGUCCAAAUUGAGGAGAAGCUGCUGCUUAAACUUCUGAGUUUCUUUGGCUGUGAUCAGUCCGAAUCAGAGGUUGAAAAUUACGAUGAAAACCUUCAUGAAAAGCCUGUUGAUCAAGGUGGAGCCCAGAAGAGAUAUUACUUUGAAAACCUCAAAAUUAGUGUGCCACAGAUAAAGCUGAGUGUCUUCACUUCCAGCAAGCUCCCCUUAGACCUCAAGGCAUUGAAAAGCACCCUCGGCUUCCCUCUGAUAAGGUUUGAAGAUGCUGUGAUCAACUUGGAUCCCUUCACCAGAGUCCACCCUUAUGAGACGAAGGAGUUCAUCGUUAAUGACAUUUUGAAGCACUUUCAGGAAGAGCUGAUCAGCCAAGCAGUAAAGAUCCUGAGCUCUGUGGACUUCCUCGGCAACCCAAUGGGCCUCCUAAAUGAUGUUUCAGAAGGUGUGACUGGGCUGAUAAAAUAUGGAAAUGUUGGUGGUCUUAUAAGGAACAUUACUCAUGGAGUGACAAACUCUGCUGCAAAGGUUGCUGGGACUUUAUCCGACGGUUUGGGAAAGACAAUGGAUAAUCGGCAUCAAACGGAACGGGAGUUCAUCCGGUACCAUGCGGCAACAAGUGGUGAACAUCUCGUGGCUGGCAUCCACGGACUUACUCAUGGUAUCAUCGGUGGAUUAACAAGUGUAAUAACCUCAACCAUAGAAGGUGUGAAAACUGAAGGGGGAGUCAGUGGCUUCAUAUCCGGCCUUGGGAAAGGACUCGUUGGAACUGUAACCAAACCGGUGGCUGGCGCCCUGGAUUUUGCCUCUGAAACAGCCCAAGCAAUGAGAGAGACAACUGCACCUACUGCCCCCAGGACACAAGCUGAGAGAGUAAGGAAACCUCGGUGUUGCAUGGGCCCACAAGGACUUCUGCCCCGGUAUUCAGAGAUCCAGGCAGAAGGGCAAGAGCUGCUGUUCAAACUGACAGACAACGAUGAAUUUUUCAUCGCCGUGGAGAACAUAGACAGCUAUUGUGUUCUUAUUUCGUCCAAAACUGUUUUUUUCCUGAACUGUGUGAAAAACAUGGACCGAGAGGCCAUCUUCCUGGAGGUUAAAUAUGAUGACCUCUUUCAUUGCCUUAUCUCAAAAGACCAUGGAAAGGUCUAUGUGCAAUUGACAAAGAAGGCUGUGAAUUCCAGCAGUGGCGUGUCAAUGCCUGGACCAUCUCAUCAGAGGCCCAUGGUCCAUGUGACGGCUGAGGAACCUGCGGUAAAACUAUGUCAAGCAAUCAACUAUGCAAAGAGCCUUUUCUAUGAACAGCAACUUAUGCUGAGAUCCAGUGAACAUCAAGAGCAACUGGAGCUAGACUCCUAACCCAGACGAAAUCUCGAACAGGGAAGCCACCUCUCUGUUCGAUUAAAAAACAAGAGCAGGACCGUCACCUGGAAGUUCAGAAAAUGUAUUCUGUGAGGCUGUAAGCCAAGGUCCUGGAAAUGAAAAAAAGCUUUGCGGUGUGGGGGCAUUUAGGAUCAUAAGAUCAAAAAACACGUUUGACAUACAUUUAGCUGUAGGAAAAAGCCCUGUAUUUUCUUACUGUUUGUGUGUAUAUAUAUAUCUAUACAUAUGUACAACUGUGUUUUGUGUAAAUAAGAAAGUGGGCAGGGCGUUGUGAGUGUGUAUAAAGGUCUAUUUCAUGCAAAGAGAUUACAGGAAAGGUUAUAUUACGUUUUCUAUUGCACUGAUUCUGAGCGUGUAGAAACGGCACAUGUUUUUCGCUAGAGAUGGUGAGGAGGCCACGACCAUAACUAGGAGCGUGGGUGGCUGGGAGGCUUAGAGGUUGUUCUGCAGGUGAUCUGCCGAGGCGCCCAUAUGGCAGGGUCAGGAUGGGCUCUGACCGUGAGGACGGGACACGUUCCUUUCCAGUGUUUAGCGCUUUACUGUCCUGCUGGUUCCAGGAUCUUUUUCUGUUUACUCAGUGGGUUUAUGGCUGUUUGAAAGAGCAGAGAGAGGGGGCAAAAAAUAUUGCAACAUAGUGUGUUCACUUCCUUUCCUGUGGUUUAGUGUGUACUGCAGUGAUGCCUCCCUGAUCUCCAGAACCCAGCAUUAGGGGACAUGAGAAUACUUUUUCUCAACUACAUAUUUUUUCUCGCAUUUCAAGAUGCUCACUUUAUAAGGAAAUGUCGUCAAAGAACAUUUAGUGAUAUCCCUUUGAAGCUUAAACAAUUAUACCUCUUUUUUAGCAGGACAGUUGUAUGGAGGAUAGCGUUAACACACGCACGCACACACACAAAGUUGCCCUCUGCAUGCAUUGGCCUUAAGAAGAAAGUGGGCCAGGUGGGGGGCGGUGGCAGUGGACAGGUUUGAGAAGACAGAAAAGUAGCAACUGUCUUUGUUGGAAAAUAAAUGGAAGUUUAUAAAUUUAAUAUUGCAGUCCUGUGGUCGAAAUCUGAGGAUUAAUAAAUGCUACUGCUGCUCUCUU